AUGAACAUGGACGGAAUCGGUGGAUCCUUGGUAGAUAAUCGAGAUGUAAUGGUUACCGAACCCUCGAAUGCAUCAGGGGUCGAGUCCAAAUCCGGGAGCUCUAUCUCUCCACCAGCUUCUAUUGUGGAGUCAGUAUUUUCCCGUGUAUCCAGUUCAAGUCAAUACUCAGUUGACCCCGAAAGGCACGGCAUACUUAUCUACUGGAUGUAUCCUAAUCAACCAUCAUUCUGGGAAGACAUGGCACCCAUUGAACGCGUUUCCCUAAUGACUCCAUUCACCGACAACUUAUUCUACCAUGAACUCAGAAGGAGGGCUGGUUUCUCUCGGGUUACGCUAAUUGAGGGCCGUUUUGUGAAAGUUUUGUCCUUCACUAUUCAACAACCGCCAGGCCCAGGUGGCGUUAUAGCCACCGGUAGAAUGGAACUGGUUGACAUUGUUAGUACGGUACAUCAACUUGCCAUAGAAAACUCCGACGGAGGCCGUGCAGUCAGCAGGAUCGAGGAGCUGGGCUACCAUCAUAACCCGGUGGUGAUCCUUGUUGAGCUGCAUUCCCCUAUUAAACGGGCUCGAAAAGCUAUAACGGGCAUCAUUGCCUAUAUUUACUUUGGUAUUCUGGGUGUUUUUUUGAGAUGCCGACUGAUUGAGGUCAUUGCCUAUAUCCUCAUUGUAGUAGGUACACUCACGCUCUGGAAGCUGUACAUAACUUUACUUUCCUGA